AGGGCUAGUCUUGCCUUAGACUACACGACUUUGCCCACACCCAGUGUUUUAAAAAAAAUACGGGUGAAAACGACAAAGACGACGUGGAAUAUUGGUGAUAAAACGCCGUGCAGUGUUUACCACGCUCCGUGCAGACGAUUCCAUACGGAGUCAACGCCUGAGCAAACCAAGAGCUGAGUGGAGCACGCUUUGGGCUUUGGAUUCAUUUUGUGCCUGAAACUCAGCAGAUGAUUCAGCCCUCCCAGACUUUUUGUCUCACAGAUUUCCAAAUGUAGUGCCCAACAAGUUGGAAUUCCCUUGUUCCUAAAAGCUGACAAGAGAACGGGCAAAGUAUGGCUCAUGGUUGGGAUCCAUACUUGCAAAAGUAUUCAUCUUUACCUCCAGACCAUGGGACACCUGACUCAGAAGUAAACCAUCCUAAUCCUGCAGAUAGAUUCAUAGGUCAUGGUGGAUUCUCUAGUGCAAGCAUUCCACAUGGAGCUCCUGCAUCAGACUGCUGUUUCAGCAAUAGUGUUGGGAACCCCGAUUCUGACUGGUGUCCGGAGAUUGGAAAUUAUCAAAAAAACAACAAAGAAAUGUCAUGGCAACCUGAUGAAGAACAAAAGGAGUACAUGACUAGCUGGGAAAACAAUAUAACAAAUUUUGAAACAAGUAUGUCAGAAACAGCUGGACACUGUUUAAUUGCCCCACAGUCAGAACCUCAAGAAUCUGUGGUGCCCACCGACACUACAUUUUUUAACAACUACAUGAACAUUCAAGGUACUUCGGAUGAAGGUACAGAACCAAGAUCUUCUUGUGGAUUCAUGACUAACACGUCUGUACAUAACCCUCAAACUGGAGCUACUGUUAAAUAUCAAUCACAUUGGCCUCAAAACCAUUCUGGAGAUGCUAAUGACUUCACACAUUCAAAUACUGUUUGGCCAAAUCUAAUGGCUGAAAAUACAACCGAAUGUGUCCAAGAUGGGGGUAAGUCAUUUGAGUGUGAUAAAUUGAAUGCUUGCACUGAUGCAGAGACACAGGAGGUGGACAGUUUUGACCAAUCCUGGAAAAAAGAGGAAUUUGUAAACAUAUGUAAAAAGGCUAGUGUGUCUGAGGAAUACAAUGGGGAUGACAGACAAACUUUGAUGAAUGUAAAUGAAACAAGUGACACAAACAAGGGUGAUACUGUUGAUUCAGCAAAUAUGGUAUUCAAUGACAAUCAUCCAACAGCUACCCAGGGAGACAACACAAACACUGAAAGCCUGAUGAAUAUUUCAUACUCUUCAGAAUUACCAGACCAAAAGUCAGAUUCUUGUCAAACUGAAAAGAAUGAUCUGUCUAAAACUCAAACCAAACCCAACAAAACUAUUAAUUUGAUGAACAGUGAAAAUGAAAAGAUCAAGGAAAUGGUAGAUGGUCCAUCAUCAAUACAGUCAGUCUGUAAAAGCUCUGAUGCCACUUACAAUGCUAGGCCUCCAAAGCCCUUCAUUGACCCUGAUGUUGAUCCUCAGUUGGAUUCUUCAACAGUAACUGGAAGGGCAGAGCAAGUAGCGUCUUUUGAAGUUGAUGAUGACUCUCCCAAUUUAAGUAGUAGCAGUCAUUCUGUUUUUAAGGUUGGUGAAACUAGUAAUCAAGGAAACGCCCCAAUUGAAAAGACCCAUGAAAUGAUACACAAUGAUAAUAAAUGUGGCGAUGAUCAUGCUGAUACUGCACAAAAAAGCUGUGAAAGUGAUGGUCUAGAGGUCCUUGAAAUCAAAACCACUGAAAUUGAACAAGCAUGUAAAGCAGAGGAUAGUGAAUCUGACAAUAUGGCAGAUGGUGAUGAUGCUAUAAAUUAUAACAAGUCAAUAGUUGUGUUUGAUUCAGAACAAACAUCUGUGGUGGAAAGUCUAAACAUCAAGGAAGAAAAGGAAGCUUUGACUGAUAAGAAACCAAUUAAAGAUAAAAAAGAACCUCAGUUUCCCAAAAUUGCUGAAGACAAAUCAUCUCCACACAAGAAAAUUGAGGCCAUAAAUUCAGAAAUAAAGUCAGUUUGUCAAACAGAAAUUUGCCCCUCUGAUCAGUUAGAAAGGCCAACUGAUGCUGAGAAAAGUAUAUCCUGUAUGGAUUUUGAAACACUGACAGACCAGAGAGCAAAUGAAAUUGACCAGUCUUCACCGUUUGUUCCAUGUCCAAAUGUCCAAGCAAGUCCAAGCUAUUCUGAAGAAGUGUAUGCCGAUGGUGAACCUUUGUCUCCUCCCUCUUCAGAAGUGCAUGAAUUGGCUGAAAUAGAUUCUUGGGAACCUGCAGAAUCAUUCAUUGAAAAAUCCCCCAAAAUGAAAUCUUCUGCAGAAAUGUUGAAACAGCUUCAGCCUGUUGUUCUCCUCAAAACCACAGAUGUAGUGAAUUUAACUAGGAACAUGUAUGUGUGUGCACAAUGUUUGUACAAUGCCCCCCAUUUGGAUGAUCUAAUCGAACACCACAAUAUUCAUAAUUCAAUGCACAGUUUUCAGUUGUGCACAUCUUGUGGUGUGUAUUUGGCACGCCAGGAUCAAUCGAGGAAACAUGUGUGUCAACAUAACCCUGUGUCUCCUUCAAGUGUGGGAAAUUGGAAAGAAAGAAAAGGCUACUAUUGCAACAAAUGUCGACUUCAUUUUUUAAAUUGGAAUCGAUUCAUUAGUCAUAUGCGUUCACACACAGGAGAAACAAAAUUUAAGUGUGAAAAAUGUGGACAGUGUUUUACGCAAGGUUCUUCUUUACGUAGACACAGAAAUGUUUCAAAACGGUGUGGAAGGGCACAACCAGGUAACAGAAAACAUACUUCAAACUCUCACACUGGUACAGUAAAAUCUAUGUUCGAUUGUUAUGUUAAGCUCUAUGACAUAACAAAAACAAAUGUUUGUACAUUUUGUGGUAAAUUUUUCAAGAGCAGGCUAAAGGUUGCAAAACAUUAUUACAAUGUGCACAAGAAGCCUGGUACAGUCAAGCCAAUAGAGAAACCUUUUGAGAUGGCUGUAGAACUUGGCUCAGAUAAGAAUAAGUACAAGUGUCCAUUGUGUCCAGAGAUUUUCAAUAAUCGUGUGAACAGAAAUCGGCAUCUGAAAAACUGUGUCAAAGUAAUGACUUUUCGCAGGCAAUGCAGAGUCAAUGGAAGGUUCAAGUGUCCAUUAUGCCUUGCAACAUUCAGUCUGUCUUCUAACAGGUAUAGACACAUCCAUACUUUUUGUCUAAGAAACUUUCUAUCAUUUCUUGGAAGUGAUACAUCAAAGCCCAAGAAAUUUGAUCGAUAUUCAAAUGAGAUGGCAACUGUACUUAAUAAACUGAAGGCAGAGGAAAAACAGCUAAAUGUCAAAUCAACAAAAAAUGUAGAGAAUACUGAACGUGAACGUGAACCACAAUACCGGUGCACACUCUGUCCAGCUGUUUUUUAUCAUCAGUCUGGCAAAUACAGACACAUGAAGAAACACAAGCUCUAUGAUCUCACCGGUCAAAGGUUCAGAUAUAGGAAUUCACUAAAGAAACAUUAUCUUACUAAAAAAACAGUGACAAAGGAGACGCCACAAAGUUUCAAUGUUCCUCUUAAGCAAGGUGACAGACCCUACUACUGUUUGCAAUGUGGGAAAGGGUUCAAGUCAAAUCUUCAUCUAAUCCACCAUAAAAUAACACACCAGAGAAGGAUUCAGUGCACUGUUUGCAAAAAGAUUCUUCCAACCAUUGGAGAACUCAUUGAACACAGAAAGUCUCAUCUAAAGAGGGGGUUGCUUCAAUGUCCAGAUUGUCCCCAGACAUUCACAUAUCCUGUGUAUCUCUUAAGACAUUUGCGCACACAUCUGAAAAGUCAAAAUGCACUACUUCAGAAAGAGGAUAAACAAAAUGCCUCUCAUCCUAUCCAGACCCUCAGUGAAGCUCAACAUUCUUGUCCAUUGUGCAACAAAGUAUUUGAUGAUGCACAACUAUUCAGCAACCAUUACUUGACACAUCCCCCUAGACAAUGUGCAGAUUGUCCAUUUUGUAAACGCACAUUCACAAAGAGACGUUAUUUGCUCCGGCACAUGGCUAGGCAUGUUGGCGGUAAACGUUUUUUCUGUAAAUGUGGAAGACGAUUUUCCACAGAACAUGUCUUAAAAUUACAUCAUGAAACCUGCUCAUCACUGAAUCCAUCUUUGGUAUGUCGUUAUUGUUCUCGUUCUUUCGUUCGAAAAGUGCAUCUCUACAAACAUUAUGGAGGUCACCAGAACAAUACCUUGACCAAAUGUCCAACAUGCAAAUUAUAUUUUGGGAUUUCAAAAUUGUGUCAGCAUCAGAAGAUCUGCAAAGGUGAAACAAUAACUGACAGAAGCACAACAUCACAAACUAACCAACAACCUGUCCUUAAGAUGUCAUCCAAAGAAACAAACUAUAAAUGCCCAUACUGUCCUCAAACCUUCAAGUAUGGCUCCCUUUACCGCAGACAUCUUUCAAAACACAAGGAUGUGGAGGUCCAUGCUUGUAUUCUCUGUGGACAGAACUUCCCAAGUCGGCUUUUGUGUUCUCAGCAUGAAGCUUCCUGUGAAAGUUUUUACAAAUGUGAAGAAUUGAUGGCUAAUAAAAAAACUGAAAAUCUUGCCCAAAGAGACACAAGUGACUUUAAGUGUAAAUUCUGCAACAAGACUUUCACAAAAUCACGAAGUCUUAGACGACACAUUUUGACCCAUAAUGAAGUGAAGCCUUAUCGAUGCAAAGUGUGUGACAGCUGCUUUUCAAGGUAUGACCACCUGAAAGUUCACUUAGGUUGUUGUAAAGGGAAGGUGAAACUGCAGUUAAAGCCUCAGAUUUGCAUUCCCAAAAUCAGUUUAGAUCAGGUUGGUACUGGCUGGCAAAAAGAGCUUGGGGUUCGUUGUGUUGAAAAGGGACAAAAAUAUGAAUGCACGAUCUGUGGAAGAAAUUAUGAAACUCAAUCCAAACUUAAUUGGCACAAUUCAAUGUUCCAUACUGUAAAGCGAUUUAAGUGUAUGCGUUGUAGUUCAUUUUUCUCAACUGAAAAGUCUCUUCGAACCCAUAUCAGGUUUAGAAGAUGCAGACUGGCCUCCAUUGUCAAAAGCAAGUCUCAUAAACCAGAAACACAGGCCACAAAUGUUUCUUCUGAAAAACACAACAAAAUUCUUGCAAGAAUUCAACCCAUUUCAGCAAAACAAGACAUAGGCAAGAUUCUGAAAUGUAAUUUUUGUCCUCGUACAUUCCGAACAAAUGCACAUUUACAAGUGCAUAUGUAUCUACACACUGGUGAGAAGUCAUUUGUCUGUGAUUGUGGAAAGACAUUUUUAAGAAAACACCAUCUGCAACGACAUGUACAUACCUGUGUGAAAAAAAUGGAUGAAAGUCAAUCCAGUGGCUUUUCAUGUGCAUAUUGUAGUUCACGAUUUUUGCUUUUUGCUCAACUUCAGGAGCACUUCUUAAAUGCUCACAAACUAGAAACAAAGGGUGAACCUCCAAUAACUUCACCUCUACAACAACAUUUAUCAGAUAUCCAAAAGUUUGAAGAAGAUCUGUUGUAUGAACCAUCUCAGGCAUCAAAACUCACCAGGCCAAAUAAUGUUGAAGAUUGGCAAACAGCUCCCCAGUUAAGGGAAUGCCCCUUUGCCUGUAAGAUUUGCAGUAAAGGAUACUGGAAUAAAACCCUUCUUCGCAAUCAUCUUAGAAAAUGUAAAAAGCAAGUCUUCAGAACUAACCGUUCAGUUGAGGAGGAUGUCCCUUUAAGAGCAAAUAUUGAAAUGGUACUCACCAACUCCCCUGCUGAACACUUGCCUGAAGAAGAAAUGGAAGCCAUAGAAGACACGGAACCACAAACCAAGUCAUCAGUAGAGAAAAAACCUGUCGUGUACCAAUGUUCAGAAUGUGAUCAGAGCUUCACUGAUGGACUUAUGCUCAUCAGCCACCUGGAGGACCAUGGAAGAGAAGAACAAGAGAAAAGACUAAAUAAAUGUUCUAAAUGUGGAAAGAUAUUCUCUAGUCAAACAAGGCUUGAAAAACACAUGAAGGUUCAUGAAAGUGGCAUGUUUGUUUGUAGAGACUGCUCAGCAGAGUUUCCCUCAAAAAUAGAACUUGAAGUCCAUAAGAAGGAACGCCAUGAUGCCUCACAUCCAUAUUCUUGUCGAUUAUGCAAAUAUAGGUUUAAGACUAGAGUUUCUUUAUGUGAUCAUUGUACUAAAGAGCAUCCAGAUGAUAUUUUUUCUUGUAGUUUCUGUAAAAGGAAUUACACUCUGAGAGCAUCCCUGGUUAGACACAUGAACAGAAAUCAUAAAGAGCUGACAGAACAGAAGGACCAAAAGGAGCAGGAGGAGGAGACAGAUGGAGCUGAAAAGUCAUUAAGCACUCAGAGCACGUCAGAAAGUGAAGAUGAUGAUGACGACGAUGGUGAUAACGAUAGUAACAAUGAUGACAGUGACGGCAUUGAUUCUGAUUCUGCCCCAUAUUUUCCAUGUCAUGUGUGCGGCAAGACCUUUACCACAUCAGAAAAUCUUGAGGACCAUCAGCGGUGCCAUCUUGGUGAAAAGCCCUUUGAAUGUGCUGAAUGUGGCCAAUGUUUCUUUCAAGCUGCCCAAUUACAACAGCAUGAACGAAAGCAUAAUUCUGAGUUCCAGUGUCGAGUGUGCAACAGGGGUUUUGUCUCUCUUUUUGCACUGAGAAAGCAUAAGCAUACCUCUGGAAGAAAGCGACCUUUCCGAUGUUCAAACUGUCAGUUAUGUUUCAGAAGUCAUGCAGAAUUAGCAGAGCAUAAGCUCAGUCACCAGGGGGAGAACUUUCCUUGUGACAUAUGCAACCGUGUCUUUUCUUCCAAGAGCAGUAGAGCAGAGCACCGAAAAAUUCACUUGUCUAAAUCAAGUGGUACUGGACUUUCAGACCAGACUGCAGUUGUAGCUAAUGACAAAGCUGCCUCUUUGGCAGUGGCACCCAUAAAUGAAUUUAAAUAUCGAUGCGGUGUCUGCUGUGUGCGUUUCCGAAAUCCUGAGGAGCUUUCAGAACAUGGCUGCCUGGCAGGUGUAGAACGUCAGUAUUCUUGUAUGGACUGUGACAAACAUUUUUUGCAUUCCUCUCACCUGAAAAAACACCUGAGCACCCACAGGCAGUCAUCUCUGAGUAAAUAUUCAUGCAAUCGUUGUAACAACAUCUUUUCUUCUUCUCAUGAUUUUCUGACCCAUCUCAGAAACCAUGACGAAACCCUCUGCUAUGGUCAACAAGGUUUUGUCUGUCCAGUGUGUCAUCAGUGUUUUGCAAGUCCUGCUGAACUGGUAUUUCAUUUUCCAGCACACCCAAAUGAAACAUUUGAAUGUAAAAUUUGCAAUAAAACUUUUUUCACUGCGAGCAAGUUGAAAGAACAUGUAUGUCACACUAAAGAUACGAAAUGCAAAAACUGUGGUCAAAAUUAUGUCGGGAAUAGUCAUAAUUGUUCUCAAAAGAAAUUUGAGAGAUCCUAUGGCGAUGAUGAUGAAAUCGAUGUUACUGGUGAAGACCUGUGCUAUUGCGCUUUCUGCCCAAUGCAGUUUUCUUCUAAAAGUCAUCUGCUGGAGCAUCAAAAUCGAGAACACCCAAAAGAAAAAUCAUUUACAUGUGAAAUUUGUGCCAGAACUUAUGCAAAACAAAAGUAUUUAGAUAGACAUCUCAAAAAACAUUGUCAAAAAGAACCUGCUCAGAGCACAUCCCAGAUUAAGUUUCAGUGUGCCCAAUGUCACAGUGAGUUCAACACAGCAAAAGAUCUAUCUCUUCACUUGAAACUACAUGCUGCAGAAAAAGAGGUUGGCGAAUUCCGCUGCGAUAUGUGCUACAAAUCUUUUAGUCAGCUAAAUCUUCUUCGGCGUCACCAAGAAAGCCAUGUUGGCCAAGUAGUGUAUGAGUGCACAGAAUGUGAUAAGGCUUUUGCGUUCCCACACCUGCUGGAGGCACAUCAGCAAAGUCAUGUUUGAGUCUCUAUGCACUGAUAUCAUUUUGUUUUGAUCUAUUAUAAUUAACUCACUUUUACUUUCACUUUGUGGGAUUGUUGCCUUUGUGAAUUUUAAGAUGCAUUUCCCCCUCCUGUUGUACAUAUGUAUAGUGCAAUUAUGUAUAUUGUGGAAGGUAAAGCAAAGCAUGAAACAAAAAUGUUCAGACUGUCAAAUUUCCAAACAAAAUACCUUUUUAUAGUUUAAUUUUUUAAAUUGAAAUUGUUCAAAGUAUUUACUUUAAACAUUUGUUAUAUGUAAUGUGUGCAUUUGUAGUAGUCAAUCCUGUCUUAAAGCUGUACAAUAUUUUUUACAGUAUUUGGUGUUCUUGCUAUUUAGAUAAAGUUUACUG